UUGUUGCCCACCGUAUGAUAUCAAGUGGCCACAUUUCAUUAGCCGUUGGGUUUGAAAAAAGGGGCAUCAGGCAGGAGACAAAUACCCACUAUUUCCGCCUCCAAGUCCACUUCACUUAAAUUCUCUGUUCUUCUUCUUCUUCUCAACAAACCCAGUUUGUAGAUUUAGGGUUUUAGAUGCUGGCAAUCUACGCUCUUGGGUUUGAUACAGUGUGUGCUUGUUGAAGAGGUGAUAGAUCUCUGUUAUUGGCUGUGAUUUAUCUCCGAAUACUCAGAUAAAAUGGAUUUAUCAGAUGAGAACAAUUUCGGUUUGAUUAAACCCACAACCUCACAAGGAGGAGGAAAUGAAAUGGGUAUCAGAAAAUUUGGAGUGGAGAUCAGGCACAAGCGAAGAGCUUUAAGCGCGAUUAACCAAAAUUUAGCUGGAGCUCCUUCAUACCCUUGUGUUGUUAACAAGAGAGUCUUGUUAGAAAAAAGUGUAAUCUGUGAUAAGAACCCUCCCAAUUUAGCCCAGCGACCAAUCACAAGGACAUUCGCAGCUCAAAUAACAAGCACACAUCAACCUCAUUCGCAGGAAACUAAGAAACCAAAUCUAUCAGAUAAGGAUUUUAGUAUUUGGGAAGAUAGUCCAAUAACAGAUGUGGAAGAAGACAAGACAACUACAGACCAGCCUGUGGCAAUGUUCUUGGAACAAACGGAUGGAGUACUCAGUGAGAAGGAGCAGAUGGAGGAGGUCGAAAUGGAGGAUAUAUUUGAAGAGCCCAUUAUGGAUAUAGACAGUUUUGACGCCAAGAACCCACUUGCAGUUGUUGACUAUGUCGAAGAUCUCUAUGCCUACUACAGGAAAUUGGAGAAUUCUAGCCGUGUCUCACCAAACUAUAUGGCUCAACAAUUUGACGUCAAUGAGAAGAUGAGGGCGAUACUAAUUGACUGGCUUGUUGAGGUACACUACAAGUUUGAGCUCAGGGACGAGACAUUAUUUCUGACUGUUAAUCUUAUAGAUAGAUUUUUAGCUCAGCAAUCAGUGGUGAGAAAGAAGCUGCAGUUGGUAGGUUUGGUUGCCAUGCUCUUAGCAUGCAAAUAUGAAGAAGUUUCUGUCCCUGUUGUGGAUGAUUUGGUUUUCAUUUCAGACAAGGCUUACUCAAGAACGGAAGUCCUUGAAAUGGAGAAAUUGAUGCUAAAUACAUUACAGUUUAACAUAUCGGUUCCAACCCCCUAUGUCUUCUUGAAAAGAUUUCUCAAGGCCGCCCAAUCUGAUAGGAAGCUCGAACUCUUGUCUUUCUUCUUGAUUGAGCUGUGCCUUGUGGAAUACGAGAUGCUCAAAUUUCCAUCCUCGUUUUUGGCUGCUGCUGCAAUUUAUACUGCUCAAUGUACACUCUAUGGGUUUAAGCAAUGGAGCAAGACCUGUGUGUGGUAUUCUAACUACUCGGAAGAUCAGCUCCUAGAAUGCUCGAGAGUGAUAGUAAGUUACCACCAAAAGGCAGCGACAGGGAAGCUUACCGGGGUACACAGAAAGUACUGUACAUCUAAGUUUGGUUACACGGCGAAAUGUGAGCCUGCUCAUUUUCUAGUAGAGAACCAACAAUAGGCAGGGCGCAUGUAUAGUUACUAACUUUACGCGGCUUCUGUAAUUUGGUUGAUACUUAAUUGAAGAUUUCACUGCAACGAGUAGGGGUGGAGGGAAGACAUAAUAAAUCAGCAACUACCUAUGGUUGCUCCUGAAAAUUCAUUAUUUGGACUUCAAGUCUGCAGCCAUGGUUGUCAAAUGCUCAGACAGCCAUGGAUAUUCACAUUGUUCAAGUUUAACCUAUUUUUAACUGUACUUUUGUUUAGUUUGAUAAUAAAAGAAUAUACAGUGCUUUGAAA